AUGAUUUCGAGCUUCGGAUGGGUGAAGACAGGUGGCAUCUUCCCGUCUGGGUGGGGCAGCGGAGGGCGGAAGAGGAGGGGAACGACGCCAUUCCUAGUGAUAGCGGGAGUUGGAGCUCCGGCGAGCGGAAGUAGCAGCAGCGGGACAGAGAAGCUGAGAACCCAACUCGACCUGCUUCGAGAGGAAGCCGAGCUGACGAGGUCGAAAGGUUGGUUUUCGCUUCUUCUUCGCUUCUCUUCUCGUUCACGAUGUUCGCAUGAACCAUCUGCAAUCGUGACGGCUGGUCGAUUUCCCUCUUUGAAUGCACAACAAACAUAAAAUUCUUCGAUAAUUGUAUCUUAGCAUAGAAACUACAGAUUCUCUUCGCGCAUUCACUGUGAUCUUGUUGGUUGAUAGGGUGGAUUUCCCCUCAUGUUCUGUGAUGUUCUCCUCUGUUCAGCCAACAGCGCGAGGCUCAGGCUCCUGCGGUUGUCUGAGGCGGCUGAGAAGCUCCGUAGACGAGCGGCAGUCGAUAUUCAGAAUGGCAAAGAAAAUGAAGCUAGAGAACUGCUCCUACAGAAGAAGAAGGUGAUGCAAGCUUUGGAUAGGUCGAAGAACCGCAUCGAGUUGCUUGACGAACUUUCUUCAAAGCUUAAUGAGGUACAGAACUUGCUGUGAUUCUGAACCCUCAUAUCUGACCUAUAAAACUAGGGCUUCCUUACGUUGUUCUUUUCAAUGCUUCCCAUUAGAUUCUACUCGUAUCUUGAAUCCCAUACACUUACUUUUCAAUCCAGUGGUGAAAAUAAUCUAGGUUUUCUUGAAGUUGAUGCAUUCACAGAAUUAGAACUUAAAUUAAAAUUAAAAUCAAAUUUAACUACCCAGGAAUUCAUGAGCUAAAUUUGUGCAUCUGGAGAUAUUUCUCGGUUUUCUUCAAGUUGAUGCAUUCGUUGAAUUAAAACUAAAAUUUAAAUUAAAAUCAAAUUUAACUACCCAGGAAUUCAUGAGCUAAUUUUGUUCGUCUCAUAGUGAUUACUGUUUGGCUAUUUUCUUUAUUUUGGCUUGUACCCAGAUGAUCGCCUUCUUUAAAUCUGAAUGUUUCCAAGUCACAGUUUUUUUUUUUUUCUUUGAUCGAAUCAUCAAAAAUACCUGAUCAUCAAAUAUUAAUAAAAAUGAAAAUAUUCCAGCUGCUGCUGCAUUCCACUUAACCUUCAUCCAUGGUUUUAUUUUUCUUUUUAUGAUUAACUUUCCUGUAAAACAUACUGAUAUACGGAAAUCAUGGUAGGCUCCACCGCAUCUGACCAUCCAGAACACCUGAACCAACCGAGCAUGUCCUGAAAUUUCAUAUCUGGAUCUAAAGGAUCCAAAUGUUAAAUUUUUAGCCUCUCCAUUUCUUCAUCUUUUUCCUUGAGAAUUGCCCCACAUGUUAUUAACCUGCAUUUGCCGUUAUUAACCUGCAUUCUUCAUCUUUAAUUAUGUACUCUGCCAUAAACUGAAUUUUUUUUAGUUUUUGGGUCAAAAUUGAGAAGGGUUCUUCAGCCCUCUCUUUCACUCUACCAUAAACAGAAGAUUUUAUUAGUUCUUGGGCUCUCCUUUUGAUGUAUCAAGUCCGUAAUUCAUGUUCAGGCAAUAUCUCUGAAGGAGGAGCAAUUAAUUGGAAACCUCACCCACAUGAAAUUUAGCAUAGAUGAUGCUCAGCAACCAGUUCACAUCAUCUCCCCAAGUGAUGAGGUCGGGGAAGAUUCAGAUGGGAGUGUUCUUAUUAAUUCAAGCUCUCCCAGUGAAUCUGUUGGGGAAGAUGCAAAUGCGAGUGAACUUAUUAAUCCAAUCUCUCCUGGUGAUGCUGCUGAGGAGGAUUCAAAAAUGGGUGGGCAAAUUAAAAUUAAUUCACGCCUUGACGAUGAGAUAGAUGCAGCCCGGGAGAAUCUACAGCAUCUUGAUGAGGAAACUGGAAGAAGCAGUUCAAUGGACGGCGAUGAAAAAGGGAAUUUCUUGAGGGAAAUAGCCUGUUUCGAUGAUUUUCUGUGGCAUGUUGAUGGGCAUCUCAGGGAAGCUGAAACUGAUCUCACCUUGCUCUUAAAAUCGUCGACUUUGUUGAUGGAAAAUGAGCAAGAGCAGAGGAGUUCCAGGGUCCAGCAGGCAUCACUGAUUCUUGGGGACAUUUCCAGAACCCGGAGGAGGUCAGUUGAUUCUUCUUGA